CCUGGAGAGGCUUUAACAGAGUUUUUCCGGCCGUCCAGAUCAAGGGCUGCACCUUCCAUAUGAAUCAGGCGAUUUAUAGGAAAGUGCAGAACUUGGGUCUGGCUACGGCUUACGACGAGGACGUGGGAACACACAGAUUCAUCAAAAAGCUUAUGGGCUUGCAGUUCCUCGACUCAGCCCAUAUCGAGCCAGCAUUUAUGAAGGUCAAACAACAAGCAGUGACACAGAAUCUGAUCGCCCUCUGUGAAUAUUUUGAGUCGACAUGGAUCCGAAGCUCUGUGUGGACCAUUACAAAUUGGAGCGUGUUUGGGACGGCCAUCCGGACGAACAAUGACCUGGAAAGCUGGCACAGGCGCUUAAAUCAACUGUCCGGGCGACGUUGCCUACCUUUUGACAGGCUGCUUCCCCUCCUCUUCCGAGAGGCUGACCUGCUUCCCCUGCAGAUUCGCCUUGUGACAGACGGUCAGCUGGACAGAAGGCAGCAUGCUGGCCAGCGUGCCAAGGCGGAUAGAUUUUUUAGAUUAUGGGACGAUUUCCAGGCAACAACUAUUACCGUGUCCCAGCUGCUGAGGGAGGUGUCAAAACUAAAUGGGCCAAUGGUCACUGAGUGACUGUGUUACUACUGUGAUACGUGCUGUUUUGAACAUUGUUGUUAAAUAUAUUACAUUAUCACUCUUCCAUAACAAUGUUGUCUGUCUUUUUACAUUUUACGACGCUUCAUCUUUAUUACACAUACAGUCACAUAGUAACAAUAUUUUCGUAUCACUGAAAAUAAAAAAUACAACACAAACCCGAUAUAUAAAAAUACAUUUAAAACAAGUGUAGACAAGA